ACGAAUGGCAGGAGAAAGAAAAGCAAACCCACGAGCCUACUUCGACGACGUUCCUUCGUGUCGGAUCGGAAGUCACGACAGUUCGCCGUUCUUGUGUUGGAUGGAAAGUAACGACGACGAGGGAGCUCACUUGUUGCGAAGGUUAUAAAAAGUCUUGACUAUCGGCUGUGCUCUACAACAUGACCAGAUGUUUGGAGAGUUCUGAAGGACAAGCACAAUUUGUUGAAGCUUUGAUCUUUAGGAUUUACAUGAAUUUCUCUGCACGAAAGGUGCUGCUUAAGUCAAAUAAUCUGCUGUAAAGAGUAUAAAAAAUACAUGGAGAGUGAAGCUAAGAAGAGUUCCGGUAAGCAUAAAUGGAGAAAAGUUGCCUACGGAGGGAUGCAGCCAGGGUAUGAUGAUAACUAUACUGAUGACUCAUUCUUGGAAGGCAUGGUCAUGAAUGCUAAUGUUGUGAAGAGGGAUUUGUUCAAAGUGAUGUUGGAUUCUGUUUCCAUAUCUCAAUAUCUCUGCAUUGCAGCUCUUGUGGUUAUUGUCUGGAUACAGACCUUACAUUCCGUGAUUGAUGAGAUAUCUCUCCUUUCAUUGGAUGCUGGCCUUCUUGGCUUAGGCUUCUUGAUAAUCUUGCUCACAACAAGCCAGCUUUCCUUUCAUCUGUUCUUGCAUUACCUUAUGAAGAUUUCCUUCUUCAUUAGUGGGCUGUACAUCUUAGCACCAGUAUACCACACUCUUACACGGUCUAUAAGCUCUGAUUCUAUAUGGGCACUUUCAGUUUCACUUUUACUGAUCCAUCUUUUCUUGCAUGACUUUUCUGGCUACACUAUAAGACCUCCAGGUUUCUGUAUUUGUUUUGUUAAAAUUUCUUCGUGGUAUCAGAGACUCACCCCCAAUGGUCUUAUUCUUAUCUCCUUUUUGCAAGAUCAAAUCAUGUUUUGAUUCUGGUGACAGCAACACUUCAGCUCAAUGUCAUGGUAUUAUUAUUGCCCAAUCUUUGAAGUUUUUGACGUCCAAUAUCAAAACCAUGAUCACUACACAAUGAACUCCAAACAACCACCUCAUUUGGGGUUCACAAGCACUCAAACUUUUUCGUGCAAAUAGUUUUGAAGGUCAUUUUGAUGGUUGUCAAAUCCCACCAUCUCAAUCUUUAUUAUCAAACUUGAUUGCUUGUGGGGCAGUAUCUUGCUGCGGCUUUAUCUACUAUUGCAUUGUUUUUCUUUCCUUUAUGUGUUUAAUCUUAGCACUGGUACUAAAAUCUUGAGUACCAUUGAGAAAUGAUUGCAAUCCUUGAAUUGUUCUUAUCUUAUUCGACUUAAAAUGAGCUCGAUAAUAUUUCGACGAAGGAUCAAACCAUGAACCAAUAACGUUCUACUAUUAAGGCCAAAGUUGAUUCUAUUAUUGCUACAAGACUACUCUUGACAUUGCGUUUUACACUCUAAUAGUUUUUCCUCUUGUUAUAAUACCUAGAAAAUUGCAAUUAGAAUCAAGUUGCA